CAACCCGCUCGGAAGUGGACCUCUCUCACAUUUUUACGCACAAGUUUCAUUCGGAAGCACAGCAGCACUGCAGGUUUGAGAUCAAGGUCAAUAGAAACACUUGGGUUUUUGUCUGGAAUCCAACUGGAAAACCAUUGUUGUCUUCUACCUCUACACACAAAAUGAAUGCACAGAGAGUUGUUUUGUGUUUGUGUUGGGUGGUGUUGUGCAUGCGCACUUGCCUUACCCAGAAGGACUGCACAGGUGUGGACUGCCCAGAUGUACAGAACUGCAUUGAAACCAUCCUAGACCCAGGUGCCUGCUGCCCCACCUGUACACAAAGAGGCUGCUCCUGUCAAGGUUACCAGUACUACGACUGUGUUCAAGCAGGCUUCCGCAAUGGGAAAGUCCCAGAGGGAGAAUCUUACUUUGUGGAUUUUGGAAGCACUGAAUGUGGUUGUCCCGAGGGAGGAGGGAAGAUAAGUUGCCAUUUUAUCGAGUGCCCUGAAAUUCCCCACAACUGCAUUGAUAUUUUACAGCCUGCAGAUGGAUGUCCCCAAUGUGGGCAAAUUGGCUGUGCCCAUGGCAACAAGAAGUUUGAAGCGGGACACACCUUUCAGAUAGACCAGUGUCAGUUUUGCCACUGUCCAAAUAAAGGGGGUAAGCUAAUGUGCUCGCCUAUUCCUGGCUGUGAGCUCCAAAGUGUGAAUAAACCCACACAGGUUUCCACCACUGAGAACACCAAAGCUUCGAAAGACACUAACAGCUAUACCUCCGAAACCAAGUUAGUGCUGGAAAACACGCUCCCACUGUAUAAGCCAGAUCCACCCAAUUUUGGCACAGAGGAUUAUGACUACUCACAGGCUGAGCUGACAUCUUUCCCGAUCCCAAAUCUGGCCCAACCGACUUCAGUUCCAUUCGCUUACCCCGAGACAAUCUCCACCUCAAAUGAUGACAGAAAAAAGGCGCUGAGGAAUCAACAAAAAAAAUUUGAAACAGAAAAGACUACUGAGGAUGAUGACAUGCAUAACCAGGAUCCAUCAAGCACAACGACUCAAAAAGAAACAUCAACACUUCGAACAACAACAACAACCACACAAAGAGUGACACUGGAGAACCACAGACAACAGCAGAUAAGUGAAGGAAAUGGCAGUACAACAACCGUGGUGCAGCACAUGGCACACAACAUGGAUGGGAGGCACUUUAGCGACCACAAACAGAGUCAAGGUAGUCGUAUCAAGAAUCAUGAUAUGCUUAAUUCUGGCAGUCUUAAUGGACAAGAACAAGUCUCAAUGGACCACAGGCAAGCUAUUGAUGAGGAGGAUCGGGGCUCGCAGCCCAAAAUCCAGCUCCAGCCCACCAGGAUAACUCCCUUCAGGAUGAGGGAGGAUGGCGAGCAACCCCAAAGACAACUUCAAAACCUCUCCAACUAUCAACCCCAGGAUGUUGAUAGAGAGGUAGAAGUGUCAGUCAUGGAGCUGGUGGAAGUCUGCUGUAAGACUGGGGCAAAAUGGGCUUCAGUUAAUGUUCACUGCAAUAACAUGGAGCCACCCACUAUAGACAGACAGUCCAUCUGCUGGACGUCUCAGCAACAAUGCUGCCUCGGCUCCCUGAGAGAAAGCCGAUGUCUGGCUGGAAUCAGUGCAGCUAGAGCCGAAGAUAUGUGCGUGGAGGAUGCCAGUGAUACAUGUGGGCUCAGUUCCUACAAGGAGUGCUGUGACUGCUGCUCUCUGGGGCUGAAGUUCGGCCGUGAGGGUCAUGAGUGUAAAGCCCACCAACACAUGGGCCUCCACUGCAGACACGUUUUCUUCUUAUGCUGUGAGGGGGUGGAGAAUUGGGACGAGAGUCAUGACAGGUGGCAUGCCGUUAAAGAGAAGCCCACUCUCGGUGCUACUUCACCACCCAAAAAAGUGUCUGACAGCCUUUACCCGAAUGAGGCCUUCUCUAUCGGAGAAGAGAGACACGGGGAGAAUGCGGUGGAAGGGCCUAUUGAGGUGCAAGACAUGAAUGAGUGCCUGAUCGAUGAGGUCAACAUCUGCCACCACAGAUGUCUAAACACACCAGGCACUUUCCACUGUGAGUGCUUCCCAGGAUAUGUGCUGCAAGAGGAUGCUGUCUCUUGUGCAAAAGACACAAGAGAUGAGGAGAACACACUGAAGGAGGAUGACAGGCAGGGGGUGGAGCCCACCACCUCUUUUCCACCAACCACCCAGCCCUUGGUGCCACUCAACCCCUGUGAAGGAAACGGCCCUUGUGACCAAUAUUGCUUCCCGGAGGGCGGAAUGCCACAUUGCUCUUGUUUCCCAGGCUUCUCCCUCAUGGCUGAUGAACAAUCCUGUGAAGAUAUUAAUGAGUGUAUGUCAGUGCAGGCCUGCCAGUUGAACGAACACUGCAUAAAUACUGCAGGGAGCUAUGUCUGCCAGAGACUGAUCACCUGUCCCCCGGGAUACCAACUCAACGGAGACUUUUGCAAAGACAUUAAUGAGUGUAUGGAAGAGAGCCAUGACUGCAUGCCCGAAUAUGAGUGCGUAAACACAGAAGGCUCGUUCAAGUGCAACCUCAAACCUCGCUGCCCUGUUGGAUUUGAACACGACGCACAAGGCCACUGUAUAGACACUGAUGAGUGUUACACUGAGCCAUGUAGUUCAGGCUUUAACUGCAUCAACACAGUGGGGUCCUACGUGUGCCGGAGGAAGUUGAAAUGCAGCCGUGGCUAUCACACCAGUCCGGAUGGAACCGGUUGUAUUGGUAAGAUUUGGCAUUGAAGCACUGUGGAUGAGUGCCAGAGCGGUGCCCAUCGAUGUGGAGAAGGACAGCUGUGCCACAACCUUCCUGGGUCCUAUCGCUGUGAAUGUCAGAGUGGUUAUCAGUACGACUCCUUCAGGCGCAUGUGUGUUGAUGUAAAUGAGUGCUGGCACUACCCAAGCCGUCUGUGUGCCCAGACCUGCGAGAACACUCCGGGCUCCUAUCUGUGCACUUGCACCGCGGGCUUCCGCUUAUCCAGCGAUGGCAAUAACUGUGAAGACGCGAAUGAGUGUUUGUCUAGCCCGUGCAGUCAGGAGUGCGCCAACAUCUACGGCUCCUACCAGUGCUACUGCAGAAAGGGCUACUACCUGCGGGAGGAUGGGCACAGCUGUGAAGAUAUCGACGAGUGUUCCAAAAGCAUCGGCCAUCUGUGCACUUAUAAGUGUGUGAAUGUUCCUGGCAGUUACCAGUGUGCGUGUCCUGAAUCUGGUUACACCAUGUCUCCAAAUGGACGCUCCUGCAAAGAUAUUGAUGAGUGCACCACAGGAGCCCAUAAUUGCUCUCUAGCUGAGACCUGCUACAACAUCCAGGGAGGCUUCCGCUGCCUUUCGCUCAACUGCCCGCCGAACUACCGCAAAGUGUCUGACACGCGCUGUGAGCGGAUCAGCUGUCCCAACUACCUGGAGUGCCAAAACUCACCACUGAGAAUCACCUACUACUACCUCAGUUUCCAAUCAAACAUCGUCAUCCCAGCCCAGAUCUUUCGCAUCGGACCGUCGCCCGCCUACUCCGGAGAUAACGUCAUUGUCAGCAUCACGGAGGGAAACGGGGACAACUACUUCAGCACCCGCAAGCUAAAUGCCUACACGGGCUCCGUGUACUUACACAGACAGGUUGAGGGCCCGAGAGACUUCCUGAUUAAUGUGGAGAUGAAGCUUUGGAGACAGGGGACCUUCACCACCUUCCAUGCCAAGAUUUACGUCUUCAUCACAGCCAACUCACUGUAACAGUUGGAGCUUCUCUGCAGGCCAACACGGACCUCAAAAUACAUCAGUGUAAUUUCAAAAAAAUAUCCACCGCAAAAUAUAUCUGUCUAAUCUCAUAAGCAACCCACGAUCUGUGAAUAAUGUUCUCUGUAUCCAGUCUGGAGGGAAUAACAUCAUUGAACAUCACAAUAAUACUCACAAAGAUUUUUUUUAUACCAAAUACAAAUCAAUAUUUCCUACUAUUAAAUCAUUUAUCCUUUUAAAGAGAGUCCAACAUUAACGCUAAAAUAAUAUCCUGCGGAAGUAAAAUAUGCAUAAUGUCGUCAGUAUGGAAAGUUUUGCCAUUGCUUUAAUGAUCAACUGCUGCAUCAACUUAUUAAAUAGUUGUUUUGUUUGAUAAAUACAAGGUGGAGCAUAAGAAAUGUUUCUGUGCCUUAAUGAACACCUCAGACUAUUCUUUUAUGCUACACUGCUGCCUAUGUUUUGAAGUAUUUUUGUGACCUCCAAACAGUACAUUUCUGUAUCCUUGUAUUAUAUAUCCUGAUGUAUGUAUGAGAGUGGAUGUAUUAUAAUUUUACAAUAAUUUUAUACUAAAUACAUAAGUCCAAAGUAUUAAAGUGA